AAUGCCAAAUGACGCGCAUAUAAUACAUUUCCAUUUUUCGUGUAUCGGUAGAAGGUCCGUUUCAAAAACUUAACACAAGACGCAUAAUUCACGCAAACAUGUUGAUAUCAGAGCGGAAGCGCUUUUUCCUAAUGGCGCUGGUGUGGAACUGGAUUCUGGGAUGGUUUCAAUGGAACGUGUUGGCUCAGGUGCAGCGCGACUGUGACUACAAGUAUACUCUGAAAUUUGGCGACCAGCAAAUUUUGCAAAAUCCCGGUUUUGAUCAGGGCAUGUACUAUGCACGGAAUAAAGUAUGCAGAUGGGCCUACAGCAGUCCACCGGGUACCGUUUUUGAUGUCACUUGCAAUCCAAUUGAUAUGCCCGGUUCGGAAUCCGGCAACAAUCAGUGUCAGUAUGAUCGUCUUGUGGUGAGUCUGACUGGUAACCCGACAAUGACAGACGGGCGAAACUUUUGCGGACAAAAUCAACAACCAAUUAAACUACAAUCAGUUUCUAAUGCUCUUACAAUCGGUUUGGUGACUGAUCCACGUUCACCUGGUGGUCGCUAUCGGUGUAUUAUCACACCAAUUGUAAGAGGUGGUGUCCCUCCUACUACUACUACCACCACAACUACUACAGCUAGACCCAAUACUUGUGAUUGUGGGUGGCGUCAACAGAGGCGCAUUGUGGGUGGAACGGAAACAAAGGUAAACGAAUAUGUUUUCAUGGCAGCCAUGAUUGAUAUGGAUAGAAAAAUCCUCUGGUGUGGAGCCACAAUUAUUUCCACUCGCUAUGCAGUUACGGCCGCUCAUUGUAUCGUACAGAGGGCUUCUACUAAUUAUGGACUUUUGGUUGGUGAUCAUAGCUUAUCACAGGGUCAAGAAACACAAUCAGCUAAACUGCAUUUAAUAGAAGAUUUCAAUGUGCAUGAAAGUUAUAACUCAAGGACUCAAGAAAAUGACAUUGCAAUCAUACGAACAACUACGCCUAUUGAGUUUAACAUGAAUGUUGGACCUAUUUGUCUGCCGUAUCGUUAUACCAAUGUGGAUUUUUCUGGAGCAGUGGUGACUGCUUUGGGCUGGGGAAGCGUAUACUAUACAGGUCCAACUUCUGACACUCUGCAGGCGGUCAACCUUACUAUCGUCAACAAACAGAGAUGUCAGAGUGCGUACACUGAACCGAACCAAAUCAUCUUCAAUACACAAAUAUGCAGCUACCAAACGGGCAAGGACUCUUGUACUUUUGAUUCGGGCGGUCCGCUUGCAUGGUUCGACAACUUCAAUACCUUCCGAUUCCAACUCCUCGGCGUUAUUUCUUAUGGCCAGGCUUGCGCCACGGAUGCACCGGCGGUAAACACCAGAGUUCCUAGCUAUGUUUCUUGGAUUCUGAAUGAGACACCAGACGCGUCCUAUUGCUUUAAAUAAACUGCUGUACUAGCAGUAAAAUAUCGAAUGUAUAUUUGAGUUACAAAUAUAAUAUUUUAAUUUGA